GGUUCUGUGGGCGGGGUGGCCCUCUGUUUGGGAUUUGGUUUUCGUGGUGAGAGUCAUGGCCACUCGUCGAGCUCUGCACUUCGUUUUCAAAGUGGGGAACCGCUUCCAGACGGUGCAUUUCUUUCGCGAUGUCCUAGGGAUGCAGGUUCUACGCCAUGAGGAAUUUGAAGAAGGCUGCAAAGCUGCAUGUAAUGGGCCUUAUGAUGGGAAGUGGAGUAAAACAAUGGUGGGAUUUGGGCCUGAGGAUGAUCACUUUGUUGCAGAGUUGACAUACAAUUAUGGCAUCGGAGACUACAAGCUUGGCAACGACUUCAUGGGAAUCACGCUUGCUUCCAGCCAGGCUGUCAGCAAUGCCAGGAAGCUGGAGUGGCCACUCAGUAAAGUUGCAGAAGGGGUUUUUGAAACUGAGGCCCCAGGAGGAUAUAAGUUCUACUUACAGGAUAGAAGUCCAUCUCAGUCAGAUCCUGUAUUAAAGGUGACUCUAGCAGUGUCGGAUCUCCAGAAAUCCUUGAACUACUGGUCUAAUCUCCUGGGAAUGAAAAUUUAUGAACAAGAUGAGGAAAAGCAACGAGUGUUGCUGGGCUACGCUGAUAACCAGUGUAAACUGGAGCUACAGGGCAUCCAGGGUGCAGUUGACCAUGCAGCAGCCUUUGGGAGAAUCGCCUUUUCUUGUCCUCAGAAGGAGUUGCCAGACUUAGAAGACUUGAUGAAAAGGGAGAGCCAAUCGAUCCUGACCCCGUUGGUGAGUCUGGACACCCCAGGGAAAGCGACAGUGCAAGUGGUCAUCCUGGCUGACCCUGAUGGACAUGAAAUUUGCUUUGUUGGGGAUGAAGCUUUUCGAGAGCUCUCUAAGAUGGAUCCAAAAGGAAGCAAAUUAUUGGAUGAUGCAAUGGCAGCAGACAAAAGUGAUGAGUGGUUUGCUACGAGAAAUAAACCAAAAGCUUCCAGUUAAUGGAAUGCACAUGAACAGCACUUAUAACUCCAGUCUAGUCUGGUAUCUGUUUGGAGAAAUGCUCCCACCGCCUGGUUGUGUCCUGUGUAGGGGUCUGUGUGGUACUCACUCUUCAAAGCUCUGUUUUUAGAAAUGAAAUGUUUUUAUCACUCUUGGUAGAGGCAAAUUCCUACUGUGUGUAAUUGUAUUAAAUUUGGUAACAAAUUUAUUGUCCAGACUGAGACAACUAUAUGGAACAUUACUCUUGGUUGGGGCUGGAGGAAAAUUUGAUUAUCUGUUAAUCAUAUAGAUACUAUUGAAACCAGUGUCAAAAUGAAACCAAAUCUGCUAGGCAUGGGGGCACACACCUUUAAUCUCAGCACUUGAGAUGCAGAGACAGGAGGAUCUCUGAGUUGGAGGCCAUUCAGGACUAUAGAGACCCUGUCGCAAACAAAACAAAAGCCAAAUCUACUGCUUAGAGUGCUCAUUUCCAGGACCUUAUGGUAAGAUACUGUUCUAAUUACUGUUCUGUUAGCACAGAAGGUCUUGACAUUUAAAGAAACUUUUUUUCCUUUGGCUUUCUGAGACAGUCUCACCUGAUAGCUCUGGGUAACCUGUCACUUCACCAUGUAACUCAAGAUAGCUUUUAACAUUUUUUUCCUCUUAAGACAGAGUCUUACUCUGUAGCCCUGGCUGGUCUGGAACUCUGUCAGCUAGAUUGGCCUCAAACUCAGAGACCCACCUCCCUCUGCCUCUUGCUGGGAUCAAAUGCACCGGCUAUCAUACCUAGUGGGUUUGAACUUUUUUGCUCUUCCUGCUUCAGCCUCCAGUGCUAGGAUUAUAGAUGUGUGCCACUAUUCCAGGUGUGGUUUGAACAUGGUUGGCCCAUGGGAAGUGGCACUAUUGGAGGUGUGGCCUUAUUGGAAGAGGUGUAGCCUUGUUAGAGGAAGUGUGUCAAUGUGGAGGCGGGGCUUUGAGAUCUCUGAUAUAUGUUCAAGUCUGGACAGUGUGGCAGUCUCCUCCUGGAGACUUUUGGAUUAAGAUGUAGAACUUUUGGCUCCUUCAGCACCAAGUCCGCCUGCAUAAUGCCAUGUUUCCAACCAUAAUGAUAAUGGACUGACCUUCUGAAACUGUAAGCUAGGCUCAAUUAAAUGUUUGCCAUUUUAACA